AUGCAUCUCUCGCACCUUCGUCCAGCUUUGCUGGUCCCGGCCGUGUUCCUCUGGGUUCCCGCCGCGACGGCCGAGAUGCAGGCGAAACUGCAAUGGCAAUUCGGACGCAACAACUGCAACAAGGUUGACGGACCCUGCGCGGGAACCGACGUCUACUGCGGAGCGUUCUUCGCCAGAGAAUACUCCAGCCAGGACGACUGCUUCAAUGCCUACGAGGAGCGGCCGGCCAACGUGACUCUCGACUGGGAGUCGGUCAAGAUAGAUUGCCAACACCUAGGUGACACGCUGCCCGAAUCCGAACCUUGCGCCGGCACCGAGGGCGUCUGCGGCCGCAUCGAAAACCGAAGCAUCAGAAUGGCCUGCUUCGAAUCUCGAGAGAAAGGACCCUACCUUCGACAGCAAAAUUAUCCGCCAUGCCCGGAUCAGGUAAGAAACACGGAGGUGUGCGAGGGCACCGAGGUAUGGUGCCGAAAGCUAGCUCAGGUUGCCAUCUACGGAUCGAUGCCGGAUUGCUUCGCACGACGAGAAAAAGAAGCAAACGGAGUGGAGGGCAGAACGCCUUGGUUUUUUCCGCUUGCCGCCGACAAAUGCAAUGGAGAUGUCACGGAGGUUUGCGUGGGAACUGUCGAGUAUUGCGACAAGGUUGCCAAGGGCGCAGCAGCCAAGAAUUUGAACAAGGAGGACAGGAACGCCUUCUUGGAAUUGGCGAGGGAGAACAAGGCGAGCGACAGCGCUCCUGAGGCGGCAACGGUUGCAUUGCAGCAUUACUACAACGAGACGGUCAAGUGCCUCGCCAGGCGAGAGAAACGACCCUUCUCCAUCGUAUACUCCCCACGCUGCAGAGGUGCGAUGUCGACGGAAGAUUGCAUGGGAUCGCAUGCAUUCUGCAAGCUUCCAGCGUCCAUCAAACUGUACGGCUCGGAAGCCGAGUGCUUGAAGCUACGACAGUACCCGCCACGACAGAUCUUUGAAUGGCGACUGCCCAGGGCCGAUUGCAGAUCCGCCAGCGAAUGGUGCCGAGGAACGCUGAGGGUAUGCAUGAAGGACGUGCCGAGGCCGCUGAGGAAGGCUUGCUUGGCGAGCCGACUCGCCGCCCCGUGGUACUUUCGCAAGCCCGACGGUGCGACGAGGAGCAAGCGCGACGAGGUAAAGGCGACGGAGGAGAGCAAAGGAUCGGCGGCGUGGUGCUUUCAUCACUUCGGCAGCGACAACUACGCCAGCACGUGGGAUUGUCUCGAGGCCCACGGGCUGCCGGCGCAGGCGAUGGGAGAGAAGCUGUUCGACUUGGCGGCAGAGGGCGUGAAAAAUGUUCUUCUCGACGUCGGCAAGAACGUCACGGCGCAAACGGUCAUCCGUCAGAUUUUCGAGAAGAAUGCGACGGCCGAGGAAACGGUACCCGUCAUCAACCAAAACCUGCACUCCUUUUUGGACGAGACUCGUCCCAGGAUCAACAGCACCUUGAUCAGAGCGGCCAUCGAAAGGGGACUGGGCCGUUUGGCGGAUUCGCCUGCUUCUUGA